UGCACGCAAACUGUGAAUGGUUAAACGCACACAAAGCCAACAAUCUUUUUUGUGCUGGGAAAAACAGUUUUAAAAACAUAAAUAAUUUACAAAUGGAGCCAAACGAUGAGGUUGUGGAGCGCCAAAAACUGGUGCCAAACGAUGUGGAGACCGAGGAGGAAGCUAAAUCAGCACAAACACCUGCCACGCCCGUUGCUGUGCCAAAGAUCAAUAUCAAAGGCAUUUCCAGCGGCGAAACAACGCGUAGCCGCAACUCUGCCUCCUGCUCAAUUGAGCGCACCAUAUCAGAGAAGGGCCAGGGACAACAGCAACCGCCUUCAGCCAAAACCACGGUGCAGUACGUCAAUGAGCGCCGGCCACGCCCGCACGCACCCAGCAGCAAUGCGGCUGGCGAGGAGCGCUUCGAAUUCAAAACACGUCCACGCAAAUUGCUUAAAGAUGGCAACCGUCAGCUGGAGCCAACGCACAGCAGCGAGCACAGCUUGAACAGCAUAACGCUGGUCAGCAGCGAGUGGCUAACCCCAGACACCAACAACACCAUCCCCAACAACAACAACAACAACAAUGAUAGCACAAAAUCAAACAACAACAACACAAAUACAAAGCCGCCGCCGCUGCAGAUGCCAAUCCCAAUGGCAAACGCGAGCGUCCACAGCGAUAAGUUCGACGAUCGUCCGAUUAAACAUCAUUCCUUUGUCUCCGAAGUGCCCGAUGUGAAGCAUAUGGAGCGUGCGCUGCUGGGACUACUCGAUGACUUUCAUUCCGGCAAACUGAAGGCAUUUGGCUCUGGCUGCACCAUGGACCAGAUGACCAAGAUACGCGAACAACAGGAAAGUUUGGCUAAAUUGCAUUUUGAGCUGGCCGCCGCCGAGGAGGAUUCACUGGAGCAUGGCAACGAGUUCAAUACGAGUCGCGCGCAGGAGAAUAUGCUGCAGCUAAUGCAGCGCCUCGAACAGCUGUCCAUCUCCAUUGAGCAGCUGCAGACGAGCCAUACGGGCCUCUGAGAUUUGGCCAAACUGCAGCCAGCAUCCACACUGUACGAUCGACUGCUGCUGCUGCUCUGAUCCGGCACUGGGCAGUGUACGAUAAAAAAACAGCUGCUAGGGCCCAGCACUUUGUGUACAUAAGUUUUAUGUUUAAUUUGUACGAUUUUUGAUAAGCUUCCAAUUUCUACAUAUACUAGUUAAGCAGUGAUUGUGAAUUAUUUUAGUGUUACAAUUUUUGCUAGACAAUUUAAGUGCACAUUACUUAUAUAUAAACAUAUAUGCAUAUAUAUAUAUUUUACAUGUAGCUUAGUGUAGUCGAAUAGUUUACUACUCUUUGACGGUGCCAACACAGGAAUGCACUACAACAGCUUUUUUCCACUGACAAGCUUCGAUUUUACUGAAAUCUGUUCAAUUAAUUAUUGUUUUGUUAUAGUUAUUUGCAAUAUAAACAAACGAAAAAAAAAACAUUAAAAGUUAUCACUUUUAUAUAACUGAAA